AUGUCGACGAGCGCGGAAACUAUUCGCAUACUCGUGUCCACUGACAACCAUGUCGGAUACAAUGAGCGAGAUCCUAUCCGUGGAGAUGAUAGCUGGAAAAGCUUCCACGAGGUGAUGUGUCUGGCCAAGGAACGUGACGUCGACAUGGUCCUGCUCGCAGGAGACUUGUUUCAUGAGAACAAGCCCUCCCGCAAGUCGAUGUAUCAGGUGAUGCGUUCAAUCAGGAUGAAUUGCUUUGGCGACAAACCUUGCGAGUUGGAGAUGCUCAGUGAUGCAAGUGAGACUUUUCAAGGUGCUUUCAACCAUGUCAACUAUGAAGAUCUCGAUAUGAACGUCGCUAUUCCCAUCUUCUCCAUACACGGUAAUCACGACGAUCCUUCUGGAGAGGGUCAUCUAGCUGCGUUGGAUCUUCUCCAAGUUUCUGGUCUUCUGAACUACUAUGGGCGGACACCCGAGUCAGACAAUAUCGAGAUCAAACCCGUCCUGCUCCAGAAGGGACGAACGAAACUAGCUCUUUACGGUAUGAGCAAUGUGCGAGAUGAACGAUUAUUCCGCACGUUUAGAGAUGGAAAAGUCAAAUUUUUCCAGCCGUCGGUACAGAAGAGCGAUUGGUUCAACUUGAUGUCCGUUCACCAAAAUCAUCACGCGUACACUGAAACGGGGUACUUGCCAGAGAACUUUUUGCCGGAUUUCUUGGACCUGGUUGUUUGGGGCCAUGAACAUGAGUGUCUCAUUAAUCCGACCCUUAAUCCCGAGACUAAGUUCCAUGUCAUGCAACCGGGAUCUUCAGUCGCAACGUCCCUGGUUCCGGGAGAGGCGGUGACCAAACAAGUGGCGAUUGUUAGCAUCACUGGCCGAGACUUCAAGUGUGAACCGAUUCGCUUAAAAUCAGUACGUCCGUUUGUGAUGCGAGAGAUAGUUCUGUCGGAAGAGAAAGAGGGGCGAAGACUGGCCAGAAAGGAGGGAAAUCGAACAGAUGUGACCCGUUAUCUCAUGUCGCAGGUCGAGGAAUUGAUCGAAGAAGCCAAUGCAGAGUGGCGAGCGACUCAUGAGAUUGACGAUGAGGCGGAGGAUCAUGACGAUGACGACCCUGUCCAGCCGCCGCUUCCCUUAGUACGUCUCCGUGUCGAGAUUUCUACUCCGGAUGGCGGAAGUUUCGAGUGUGAAAACCCCCAACGGUUUUCCAACCGGUUUGUGGGCAAGGUCGCCAAUGUCAAUGACGUGGUGCAGUUCCAUCGCAAGAAGAAAACUGCUUCGACAUCGCGCAAGACUGAUAAUUUACUCGAGGACGCUGCUGUAUCGCGCCUGACUGCUCUGGAUACAGUGAAAGUGGACCAGUUGGUCCGAGAAUAUCUCGCAUCGCAAUCACUCAGUAUCCUUCCGCAGAAUUCCUUCGGAGACGCUGUGGCUCAAUUCAUCGACAAGGAUGACAAACACGCGAUGGAGAUGUUUGUCAACGAAUCUCUGGAGGGCCAAGUCAAGCACUUAAUGAGCUUGGGUCGCGAUGAAGAUGUGGUUGACGAUGAGGAAAGAGCUCAUGAGUCACUUGUCUCUGCGAUGGAAAAGUAUCGCACCCAGAUGGAAGACAUGUUUAAUAAAGGAGUCAAAAAACGCUCAAGGGGCAAAAAACGUUUCAAGCCAAAGCCAGAUGGAUGGGAUACGGAAUUUGAUGGCGAGUGGGAAGAUCAGCCUGGUGCGCUCAUCCAUUCUGACAAUGAGGGCGGAGACCCGGCACAGGAGGAAGCAGCCGAAGAUGGCUCCGCGCCUGCACGGAGGAACGCGAGCACUACUGCGACCGUAUCAACCCGGGGUCGUGGUCGGGGAAGAGGAGGCAGAGGCGCUGCUAGCACGUCGCGAACCACAGCUGGCAAAACAGUUACUGCCAAGGGAAGAGGUCGGGCUAAAAAAGUUCCAUCUGAACCUGAAGACGAUGUUAUCAUGCUCGACGAUGACGACGACGAAGAAGCGCACGAGCCCAAUGCUCACGGUCUUUCCGAGGAGGAUGACGACUCACAGUCCUUGUUUGUUAAGCAAUCUUCCGCACCAGCUGCAGCGCAACGCGGACGGAGAGCGACUGCCUCUACGGCGACUGGCCGCAAGGGCCGAGUGGCUGCCUCGCCGGCUCCAUCGUCCACCACUUUUGGGGCAACAAUGACACGGCGAGGUGCAACUAGAGGGGGAAAAUCGACUCAGACGACUCUGGACUUUGUCGGCUCACAAGCCCCUUCUGAGCGUUCAUCGCGGGCUGCUCGCUCAACUCGAAAUUUGAGUAUCAUCAGUGACGGCGUGGACGACGACGACGACGAUGACGAUGCAUUCGAACCUAUGUCUACUUCAACAUCGCGGAAGCGGCGAUGA